AUGGGAGAAGAAGAAGCACCUCCGCCGUCUCCGGCGACGACGGCAGAUACUACGAAGGCGUGGCGCACAUACAUAUCGGAAGAGCUUCCUCGCAGCGUCCAAGAGUCGGCCGACACAGCCAUUCGCUCCGCCCGCUCACUCCACCAAUCUUCUUCCACCCUUCUCUGUUCUCUCCAGGACUUUGUUCCUCAAAUUGGAUCUCGGUACAGACACUAUGAAGAGGCUUUCUUCACUAAAGUUAAAGAUGAGUUGGUGAAAGCUAGAGAACAACCAGCUCUCGUAGGUGGGGUUGCUAUCACGGCUGGCCUCCUCCUUCUGCGCGGGCCUCGAAGAUUUUUGUUUCGUCAAACGUUGGGUCGACUUCAGAGCGAGGAGGCACAAUUUGUUAGAGCUGAAAAGAAUGUUAAAGAGCUGGCUCUGUCUGUUGACUUAAUGAAGAAGGAGAGCCAAAAGCUAAUUGAAAGAUCUGUCCUGGCUGAAAAUGAUAUGAACCGUGGCCAUUCUGACCUCAUGAAUGCUGGAUCGCAAAUUCAAAAACUUGCAAGAUCAUUUUAUAAGGCCGAGUCUGAAGCUGCAGAUUUGAUGGAUCUGCUGCGGGAAAUUCCUGGUAGGGAGGCUUUGAAGAUGCGAGCAGAAGUAGCUACAAUGGCAGCUUAUCUUCAGCAGCAAAGAUCAGCACUGGGUAAGAGAAUCCUGAAAACUUCUGAAUUAGGUGUUCCCGUGUAA